AUGUCUUUAGAACAAGCAAUUUCACCAGAACUGCAGCAAUAUAUCGAUCAAGUAGUCUCAAGGUUAUCCGGCAGCAGUUGGUCUUUUUUGCAAGGGUUUUUUCUUGGGCAACUUACGAUCGUGUUUUUGAUUCUUGCCUUUAUCAAAUUCAUGUUACUAGAGGAGGUCCAAGAGAAACAAAAACGUCCUCUUCCUAUACCACUGAAAUCGCAAACAACUAAUGUAUCACCAGCUUCAAUUCUGUCAAAAACUUUAUAUGAUCCAAAAUAUCAUCCUCCCGAAUCGACUGAUUGGCUUAAUGUGCUUUUAGCGCAGGCUAUACAUCAAUAUAGAGAAGAAGCCAAGGCUGAUAAUCGGUUGGUUCGCUUUGUAGAUCGAAUAUUGAACGAUGGUGGUAAACCAGACUUUGUGGGAACAAUUGAAGUCACUCAACUUGAUAUUGGAGAAGAGUAUCCUAUUUUCAGCAAUGCUAGAAUACGGUCAACGGAGGCAAUAGACCAAAUGAGAGUUGAGAUUGAUUGCGAAUUUAGCGAUCGAAUCACACUUGGUAUCGAUACGCAAAUCAUUAUUAAUUGGCCUAAACCGUGCAUAGCUGUCUUACCGAUCUCAUUAAUGUUAUCAGUGGUAAAAUUUUCGGCCACGAUAGCCUUGGAAAUCGAGACGAAUUCUGAUUGCACUUUCAUUUCCGCUUCAGCGCUACCAGAUUUCGUUCUGGAAUUUGGUAUAAAAUCUUUGAUCGGAUCGAGAUCUAAACUUGAAGGUGUACCCAAAAUUACGCGCAUGAUCACAUCCAAGUUGAGAAACAUGUUUUGUGAGAAAUUCGUAUGUCCAAACUCGAAAAAAAUUAGGAUACCAAGUUUGUGGGAAACUUAUAAAAAUAAUAACAACAUCGUUGAGGAAACUUCGAGAUCAGAAGACGGCAUAGAAGGAAUAAAUAAUAACAUAUGUAAUGAUGAUAAUUCGUUUAACUUGGAAGACCCGGAUACCUAUGAACAGGAGCAUUUGCUAGUGAACGAUAGAUCCACAAAUUCGACAACAAUAAAAGGAAUGAGGAAACGAAAUAGCAUUAUUAGUGAUUACCCACUUGUUCAAGAUGAUGUCUUUUUUGGCCAUAGCUUGAAGUCUUAG